AUGUUGAUUAGUCAGAUAGCUCUUAUUUUACAAGAUAAAAAUGCGCUCAAAGUCAAUACUGUAUUAGCUCUAAACUAUGAAAUCGAAAAACCUUCGACUAAUAGUGUAGAAGUUGAAACAAAAUAUUUCAGCGAAGGUAGUUUUGAGGUUUUACAAUCAUCAGAUCUAAGUCAACUAUUUAAGGAAAAUUUUGAACAUUUUUUACAAGAUGUUGAAGAUGCUGAAUUAAAUGGAUCUGGUUGGAAACUACAUGAAAUCCUUCAUCUUGAAAUCCAAAUAAACGAUUACAUACCACUGCAAGGUGGUAAUUCAUCUUUCGUUGAAAUGCCAUCAUGGAUAAUUAAAACUCAUUCAGUUGUGAACGUUAAAAAUUCAGACAAUUUUUGUUUUAUUUGGUCAGUUUUAGCAUGUUUAUACAAGGUGCCUCACCAUGCUGACCAAUGUUUAUUGAAAAAAGUGCAGAGUGAAGAACUUGAAAAAAAUCAAGUUUAUCAAAAACAUGUUCCAAGUAGUGCAGCAUAUUAUUUAAAGUGUAGUUAUGAUGACUCACUUUCCAAGUUCAAUCUUCAUAGAGGUAAAAAUUCAAUUGAAUGGUUUAUUACAGAGCUUGAACAAAUUAAUCAUCAAGUCAAUAAAAUAAUAGAUGAUAUUAAACCAAUGUCUCUUACGCGAGAUGAAGAAUUACAAUUUUUGAAUGCAAAAAAAUGUUAUAUUUGUAACAAAAAUUUCACGAAAAAUGACGUAAAAGGAGUUUUUCCAUAUGAUUAUCUUGACAAAUGGGAAAAAUUUGAUGAUACAACACUUCCAUCGAAAGAUCAAUUUUAUUCAAAAUUGAAUGAAGAAAAUAUUUCUGAUGAAGCAUACGCACAUGCUCUAAAUGUUUGGCAAAAGUUCAAUAUAAAAACACUUGGGGAAUAUUCUGAUUUAUAUCUACAAACUGAUGUUGCCCUUUUAGCUGAUGUUUUUGAAAGCUUCAGAGCUGAUUGUUUGAAUACAUAUAAGUUAGACCCAGCACAUUAUUAUACACUACCUGGACUUAGUUUUAGUGCAAUGUUGAGAUAUACUCAGAUUGAACUAGAAUUGUUAACAGAUCCUGAAAUGAUGUUGUUUAUUGAGCAAGUUAUAAGAGGUGGUUUAUCACAAGUCUCAAAUCGAUAUGGAAGAGCUAAUAAUCGAUAUAUGGGCACUGCAAUGAGGGAAUAUCUUCCAACAUGUAAAUUUCAAUGGAUUGAUAACUUUGAUAUAUUCACAUUAAAUUCAAUUGCUGAUAAUUCAAAAUGCGGAUACAUUCUUGAAGUUGAUUUAGAUUAUCCUACAAGUUUGCAUCAUCAUCAUAAAGAUUUUCCGUUAGCACCAGUACGCGAAAAACCACCUCUAGAAACCAUUCAUCGUGUUUUAAAAUUUGUACAAAGUGCAUGGCUUAAACCAUAUAUUGAUCUUAACACAGAGUUACGAAAACAAGCUCGUAAUGCAUUUGAAAAAGAUCUUAGAAAAUUAUUCAUCAAUGCAAUUUAUGGUAAAACUCUUGAAUCUGUAAGAACUCGUAAAUCGAUAAAACUUGUACAAAAAUAUGGUGGUAGAGGUGGAGCAAGAUUUUAUAUCUCAAAGCCAAACUUCCAUAGUCAUUUAAUUAUUGAUGAUCUUGUUAUAAUUGAGAUGAAACCAACAAGUAUACUUUUUGAUAAACCAAUUUAUCUUGGAUUUUCUAUUUUGGAAAUGUCAAAAACAUAUAUGUAUGAUUUUCAUUAUAAUUUUAUAAAACCAGAAUAUGGAGAUAAAGUCAAAUAUUUAUAUGGUGAUACUGAUUCUGCUGUUUACCAUAUAUUUAGUCAUGAUCCUUAUGAUUUGAUACUGAAUGAAAAUGAUUCAUUAAAAAAUCAUGUUCAUAUGAGAGCAAAGGGUGUAAAAAGAUCAACUAAACAACAAAAUAUAAUAAGAUCUCAUAAACAUGAAGUAACAACAAGAACAACUGAAAAAAUUGCUCUCAGUUGGCUAAGAUGA